AUGGAUGCAAGCUCAAAGAUGUUCCGUUCCAGCAAGCUAAAGCAGGUCUUUGCCGAAGGGAAACGGCCUGCGUUCGGUGUAUGGCAGAUGUUGCCGGGAGCCAACGUCUCUAGAAUCUUGGCACGAUCAGGGGCAGAUUGGGUGUUGGUAGAUUGCGAGCAUGGCAAUAUUGAUGAUGCCGCUAUGCAUGAAGCAGUCCCUGCCAUCGCCGCCUUGGGAGUCUCACCCGUUGUGCGGAUUCCGGAUAUGCAGCCAUGGAUGAUCAAGAGGGCCUUGGAUUCCGGUGCACAUGGGAUACUAAUCCCACUUAUUCGGACGGUUGAAGAGGUCAAGGCAGUUGUUUCCGCAGCCAAGUUCCCUCCCCAGGGGACACGCGGCUUCGGGUCGCCUAUCGCACCACAAACCUUCGAGGCAGGCCUCACAUUGACCGAGUAUCUCGAGCAAGCCAACGACAGCCUACUGACCAUGGUACAAAUCGAAACACAAGAGGCCCUCAACGCAGUCGAGGCCAUCGCCCCGCUAGUCGACGCUCUAUUCGUCGGACCCUUCGACCUGGGCAACAACAUUGGACACCCCAUCAUCAACGGCCGGAUGGACCCAGAAUUGGACGCGGCGAUCGCGCGGAUCCUCAAAGCGGCCAACGCUGCGGGCAAGAAAUGUGGCAUCUACUGCACUUCGGGAGAACAGGCGAAGCAGUAUGCCGACAUGGGGUUUCACAUGGUUAGCGUGGCGACGGAUUAUACGGCUCUGAGCGCUGCUGUGACGGGGGCGUUGAACGUGGCGAGCGGGGCGUCGGAGUAA